UUGAAUUUGGCAUAUUUUGGGGAAGUAGGAAACGUUGGUAAUUUCUCUUUUAGUAUAUUUUAAUUAUUUUUUAAAACUUUUAUUCACCAAUUACGUUUAUGCCGAUAAACUUUUGAAAUUGUUAUGGUAGGAAAGCAGUACUCCUGCGAAGAUAGCCCGGAUUUAGAAAGAGAUUGUAUCUCUCCUUUGAUGGAUCACAGAAAAUCUCGAUACCCAUUUUGUAUAGUAUGGACGCCCAUUCCAAUUCUUACCUGGAUUUUUCCUUUUCUUGGACACAUGGGAAUUGCUCUCUCUACGGGGGUGAUUCGCGAUUUUGCUGGCCCCUAUUAUGUUUCAGAAGACGAUAUGGCGUUCGGAAAGCCCACCAAGUACUGGCAGCUGGAUCCAAUGAAGUCGAAAGGGGGCAGGGCAGCUUGGGAUUUAGCCGUCACUGAAGCUUCCGAAGAAUACAAACGAAGAAUGCAUAACUUGUUUUGCGAUAAUUGUCACUCUCAUGUUGCUAUGGCGCUGAACCUAAUGCAGUAUGGUGACAAAUCUAAUUGGAAUAUGGUCAUUUUAUGCUUUUACAUGCUCAUAUUCGGGAAAUAUGUGAGCUUUUUAGGAUUUUUAAAAACUUGGCUUCCAUUCGUGAUACUUGCAGGGUCUUUCAUAACUAUCGUGACAUUACUGCAUUAUCUAUGAUUUGAUUCUUAUAAGUGUAAUUUGCAUAGCUGUAAUUUUAUAAUUGUUUGUAUCCUUGUCUAUUUAUCACAUCCUAGUCAAAUAAGCAACUGAAAGCUUUUAAA